AUCACAAACAUUCGAUCAUCAAACAUACACACAGUAGCAAACAGCAAACUUUUGUUAAUUUUUUUUUUGUUCGAAUUUUUCCACAAUUUAAUAUUAAAAAAUGGACCAGAAGAGAAUUCUUCGAAAAUUUGAUUCAAUAGUAGCUAAAAUUAGGCAAAAACGUGCCGACAUUCGCACAAUUGAAUCCUGGAUUGUGGCCAUGGAUAUGCUUCAAGAGCUAUUCGGUAAUCAAAGAUUUUUUGAUUUUUCGAUGGGAGAGGAGAGAUGGAAACUUAUGAUGAACUAUAUGGAACAGGUGAUAGCCGGUAAAGCAGGUGAAAUACCCGAAAGGCUCGUCGAGCGAUUCGCCUUUGCUAAAGCUAUAUCUACCAAGAUAUCCUUUAGGAGUACGCUUGUACAAUUGAAUAUUGGAUGUUCCCGAUCCGUCAAAUCGACAAAUGGCCAAUCUUACUGAUGGUGAUCAACAAAUGGUCAAUCUUGCUGAUGGUGAUCAAUUAUUUAUUUUUUUUUUAAUAAUCGAAAAAAAUAAAAAAAAAAUUUU